AUGAAAAGAGCAGUAAUCAAUUACAUCGCAUUUUUCUAUCUUAUCUUUUUAGUUCAAUCAACUAAUUACGAAACAAUUAUUGAAAGUGAGUCAAGUAGUUCUAGUGAAGAAAAUGAAGGCUGCCCAGAAGGAGAAUUGUUUGACGAGACAACAGAAGAGUGUUUACCUUGUCCAAAAGGAUCUUAUUUUGUAAAUGGCCAAUGUCUUUUAUGUGAAGAAGGAACAUACCAAAACAUAGAAGGGCAAUUAUACUGUGAAGAAUGUCCAACUGGUACUUUUUCUUCAAUGAAAGGAAGUGAUAGAUGUUAUAAUUGUUCAAAAGGAAUGUAUCAAGAUGAAAAAGGUCAAAAAGAAUGUAAACAAUGUUGUGAAGGAGAAUACCAAGAUGAAGAAGGAUCGGGUCAAUGUAAAGAAUGUCCUGUAGGUACAUAUUCUCAAUUUGAAAGAAGUAUUAAAUGUGAUUUGUGUAGUGAAGGAUAUUAUCAAAAUGAAACAAGGUCAAUAGAAUGUAAAAUUUGUCCAAUUGGAUCAAUCUCAAAUAGAGAAGGAAGUAAAGAAUGUACAUUAUGUGAGAAUGGAACAUAUGCAGAAAGAGAAGGAAUGAAUGUAUGUGUUAAGUUUGGAACAUAUCAAGAACAAGAAGGAGGACAAGAGUGUAAAAAAUGUUUUGCAGGAACAUACCAAAAUGAAACAGGUUCAACGUAUUGUAAAGAGUGUGACAUUGGGACAUAUGCAGAUUAUGAUGGAAUCACUAGAUGUAAAUAUUGUUUACUAGGAACAUACCAAAAUUUAAAAGGUCAAAAAAAUUGUAAAAGUUGUGGUGAUGGAACAUAUCAAGAUGGAAUUGGAGCGAGUUCAUGUUUAAUGUGUCCAAUAGGAACAUAUUCAAAAGGAGAAAAAAAUACUUAUUGUAAACAAUGUGAUGGAGGGUAUUAUCAAAAUUUGAGUGGACAAAAUUUUUGUAAACAAUGUGAUCCUGGAUAUUAUCAACCAAUGAGUGGUCAAAGUUAUUGUCUUUUUUGUGAAGACACAUCUGAUAAAAAUAGAGUGUCAUGUAUUAAAUGUCAGCCUGGAUAUUCUAUUAAUAAAGACAAAACUAAAUGUAUGUUAUCAAAAACUAAUAUAAUAAUUAUUGUUAGUAUCAGUUGUAUAGUAAUAAUAUUGUCUUCGUUAAUAGCUGUAUUCAUUAUUUCUUAUUUAGUUUCAUUAAAACGUGAAAAAUUAUCAAAAAAAAUUAAAAAUAAACGAAGUACUGUAAACAAUGAAUUACUAAAAGUGUAUUUAAAUUAA